UUUAGAUGACGCAAUAAAUUAAAUAUUUUUUUUCUAACCAACAAUAAUAUUCUUCGUCUUCUUCUUGUUCUUGUUCUUCAUCUUGCUGUUGAUAGCCAGUAGGCCGAGUAUUUUAUUCCUUUAGUCGCUAAAAUGAAUCCAGUGAUUGCAGUCUUUAUAUUGUGGGUUGUCUUUAUAAAUAUAAAUGAUAUUGAGUCACAGAAAAAAAUAAUUAAUAAAAAUAGUAUCGAAGGAUGUGGAGAGUGUGCUUAUUACCGUUGCCCGGAAAAUUCGGGAAAAUGUUUACUGGGAUCUGUUAAGGACCCGUGUAAUUGUUGCAACGAAGGAAAAUGCGCGAAACUUGAAGGUGAGACAUGUUGGAAUUCAAGUAUCGCUAAACUACCGCUAAUUAAUCGCAAUGAAGGCUUUUGUAGUAAUAAUUAUCGCUGUUUAUUGAGAGAUGACCUACUUGACGAGGACAAUCCGGAAGCAAUUUGCGUAUGUAUGGAACAGAGCCCAGCAUGCGGCAGUAACAAUAUAACGUAUGUAACACCUUGUGCUUUGCACGAAGAGGCAAUAAGACUAAAAAAUAAAUCAUUGAAAUUAAAACAUCUUGGGCCAUGUUUAAGUCGUCCUUGGAUUUUAUCUCCUUUGGAAAAUAUAUUUAUUAGUUAUGGACAACGGCUUGCUAUAAAUUGCGAAGCUAAAGGAUUUCCAAUUCCCGAUAUUUUUUGGGAAUUUCAUUCAGCGGACGGUCGUGUCAUUAAAUUACCAAAUGCCGAAUAUGACAGCACGGUAAAUACUCGUGAAGAAUCAGAAUUAUUUAUGAGAACUUCUUGGUUACAAGUCGGUAAAAUAACAAAACAGCAUAUUGGUACCUAUCAAUGUAUUGCUAACAAUACUCUUGGUGAUGCAAGUACUGAAUCAAUUGUUUCAAUUUUAUAA